GCAAAAGCUUAAAGUCCAACCAGUUUUUCACUGAAAACCCAGAAUGCCUGAAACUAAUUCUUUACCAGGAUGCUUUUGAAAUUGUCAAUCCCCUUGGCUCUGCUAAAAAAAAGCACAAAGUUUUAGCAGUUUAUCUAUCUGUGGCUAAUUUACCUGCUUAUCUGCGAUCCAAUACUGAUCACAUGUCCCUUGUCUUACUGUGUGUAGAGAAUGACUUAAAACAGUUUGGAUAUGCUAAAGUUUUCUCUGAGUUACUACAGGAUUUAAAAGAUUUGGAAGAAAACGGAAUAACUGUAGAUGGUAAAAUGAUCAAAGGAGGCUUGUUUUGUAUUGCCGGUGACAAUUUGGGUUCGCACAGCAUAGGGGGGUUUACAGAAAAUUUCAGUCGUUCUCAGUACUUUUGCAGGUACUGCGAAAUAACCCGAAAUGAGUUUCAAAAUGAUGACCCCAAUGUUUGUGGUCCACAGCGUACCCCUGACAGUUACGAUUCUGCUGUUUGUGAUCUACAAACUGAAGACAUUCAGGACUAUAAAGGCAUAAAGAAAUGACUGACUCAGAAAGGACAUUUCUACACACCACCAUCACUGACAUCUUGCCUGACCUUCCAGAGGUGACCAAACAUAUUUUAGAAGAGACCUUGCAGUCUCUUGGUGUGGAGACAAGGGAUGACUUUAGGUUUAUUGAAGAAGCUGAUUUGCUGUCAGCAUUGAGGCCAGUUCAAGCCCGCAAAGUCCUUGCUGCUUUGAAACUGAGGUGUCAGACUCCUGAAAGCAGCAGCUCAUCUGGUGAUGCCUUGCCAGGACCUUCAACAAGUUUUUGUUCAUUUUCACCCCAAAGUUCACAAUCAACCUCUCCCAUCAGCUCCCAAAACCCUAAUAUAGACUGGAUGGACACCUUUCUGGUUCCAUGGGAUAAGUUACCAGAGGAACUGAUACAAAUAUUUGAAAGAGGAAACCGACCAAGUCCACGUAUGAGAAGAGAGAUGGUCUGGAUUGUGGUUCGGGAGAUGAUACAAAAAAAUCGUUGCCCAAGUACGAAGCUUUCUAAUGAAGUUGCCAAGAAGAUGGUAGCAAAAUAUCCUAAAUCUCUGCAAGACGUAAUUGAGGGAGAGGUGGUUGGGCUAGGGUACCACUCUUUGGCUAAGCAGUUGCAGUACAGGAUAGAAAAUGUAAAACGAUGUACAACCCCAAAAAUAAGGAAAAGAAAAUGUUGCUCUGAUGAGUGUGACACCGAUGAAAUCUCUCCAGAACAGAGGGCCGCAAUGCAAGAUACUUAUGGCUGCAUUAACUGGCAUUUAAAAUUCCUGCCCCUUGGAGAGACCGAAGAGAGCCAGCGAGAAAAGAAAGAACAACUGAAGAGGAUGUUUCUGCAAACUGAAACAAAUGCAGAGGAGGUCAAGCAUCUAAUGAAGUUGACUUUCUAUACACAGCGUAAACAAGUCAACCAAGGGGAAAAUAUGAAACAUCUCCUCAAAGAGUGGCCAUUUUGGUUCAGCGAGCUUGGCAUGACAGUCCACUUUAAGGAACUUACUGGAAUUGGGCUUAUAGAAACUUUCACACGGAAUGUGGUUCUGAAGGGGAAACGACUCUUGAACUACUUCAAUACUGUUGGUGUAAACAAGAACAAAAAGUUCCUACAGGCUGUAACGAACUUGAAAGUGAUCAGGGGAGAGCUGAGUGAUGGCUCUGAAGAUGUCAAAGAGAUGUUGCUGCUUUUGUUGUCUUACUUUAAUGAUAAGGAAGACACAAUGUUCUGUUAUGUGGAGGACACCUGCCUGCCAGAGGAAGUACCGAUGGGUCAAGUUCAUCUGACUCCCAGCCUUGUUGUAUGUGGUCGAUCGUGUUUUUCUGCGAAGCGGUUCAUGCUAUGUGUGGAUCAAAACAUUGUUCACAACAAUAUCCCCUCCUUCAUUUCCGCAGUGUGCUUGAUGUUUGGCAGCUAUUACUGCUUUAAUAUACACUACCCAUCACAGCUGGCAUCAACUCUUGAGUUUAUGCAGAGGUGUUUUUUUUCCAUCAACCCAGAGAAGGGCACUAAGGUGGAGAAGACAAACACAUCACGUCUCCAUGUAAACCCAAGAGUUCUGACCUUGAUUCAGGAACUUUCGGAUCAUGAGUGGCGUGAUGUCUAAAACUUUGAAUAUGGACUGAAGUCAAUAAGAUUUCUGACAUGUAAUGAUGCGCCAUUCUUACCUUAACGGUUGGUUUGAGGUCCUGUGUUUUGUUCUUAGGAUUGGCCAGAUCAUUUCAGACAAAAUUGAUACAGACAAGUUUGUGUACAAAUAACUUUAAUAGGUGUUAAAUUUUCUGAUUUGCCAUCAUCUACCUCAAUUUAAAGAGCUUUUUGUAGAUAUUGGUAUAUUUGUUUUAUUGCAUGUAAAGAGGAAAAUGCAGUGAUCCUUAAAAGGUGUUAAAACUUCUGUGCAUUGAACACCCUUAAUUGUUUUUAAUAGUUUAAAGAGAAAAGCUUAUUUCUUUCAUUGACUCUCUUUGUCUUUUUCUCUUUGAGUCAGUGAUGAUCAAGAUAAUUAUUUUUUUUUUUGUAGAUGAUGUUUGUGUUGUUUGUAAAAAAAGUACAGUACACACAGUAGUGUUUUGUCCACUAAUUUGAUGUGAAUAAAUUGUUCCAAAGCCAUUUUCAUGAUUAUUUUGAGA